AUGGCAGCUGCCUUUGGGUGCUUUGUUUUGAUACAUCAUCAAAGGCAUUGUUUUUCCAAGAUGGUUUGUCAGACAUUGCUUUAUCCUUGUUCUGUAAACAUUCUGGGGCCCAACAGACAUUUUUCUGCUGCUACAAAGCCCGCAAAGAACAAAAAAGGUGCUAAAGACAAAGCACAAGAUGAAAAAAAAGAUGAUGUAGAAAAAAUAAAGUGGUACUCUUACAUGGAAGGUGAGUCUGAGGAUGACGUCUAUUUAAAACGGUUAUACCCAAGGCAGAUAUAUGACGUGGAGAAAGCGAUUCCCUUACUUAAGAAAUUUCAAAUUCUUGACUUUACUAAUCCAAGGCAAGGUGUUUAUCUUGAUUUGACAUUGGAUAUGGCACUGGGAAAGAAGAAAAAAGUGGAACCAUUUGCCAGUGUUGUUAGGUUACCAUACCCAUUCUCUUCAGAAAUCAAUAAAGUUGCUGUAUUUACAGGGAAUGCAGAAGAGGUUAAAAUAGCAAAAGAAAAUGGAGCUACUUUUGCAGGAGGAACUGAUCUGAUUCAGAAGAUUUUGGAUGAUGAAAUUCAUGUAGACUUUUAUGUAGCUGUCCCAGAAAUAAUGCCUGAGCUUCACCCAUUAAGGAAGAAACUGAAAAAAAGAUUUCCAAAGCUUAAUCGAAAUUCUAUUGGCCGUGACAUCCCCCAAAUGCUUGAACUAUUUCAAUAUGGACUUGAAAUUAAGGUAGAUGAAGAAAGGGAGAACUUUCUGAGGACCAAAAUAGCAGCAUUGAAUAUGUCAAGUGACCAGAUAAUUGCCAAUCUGCAAGCAGUUAUUAAUGAAGUUUGUAAGCACAGACCACUGAGUUUGGGUCCCUUUGUGGUACAUGCUUUCCUUCGUUCUUCAACAAGUGAAGGUUUGUUACUAAAAAUGGAUCCAUUUUUGCCUAAAAAAGUAAAAACGGAAGAAAGUAAUAAAGAAGCUUCCUAA